AUGGAGCGCCCUGUCCCUGGGGGGCUGCGGGGGGAGAAGGAGGAGGAGAGGGUGCUGGUGUCAGAGCAGAGCUGGAGACCCUGCCCUGAAGCCCGGAGGAGACUCCGAGGGUGCCUGGAGUGGGUGAAGCGGCAGCUUUUCCGCGUUGGGGAGGACUGGUAUUUCCUCUUCAUCCUGGGGGUCCUCAUGGCCACCAUCAGCUUCAUGAUGGACCUCCUCGUCUCCAGGCUCUACGAGGCCCACCGGUGGCUUUACCAAGAGGUCGGUGACGUCUUGGUGCUCAAGUACCUCUCGUGGACCAUGUACCCCGCGGCGCUGGCGGCUUUCUCCACUGGCUUCUCCCAAAGCAUCACCCCGCACUCAGGAGGCUCUGGCAUCCCGGAGCUGAAGACCAUCCUGACUGGCGUGGUGCUGGAGGACUACCUGGCCAUCCAAAAUUUCGGAGCCAGGGUGGUGGGGUUGACCUGCACCCUGGCGUGCGGCAGCACCGUUUUCCUCGGCAAAGUGGGUCCCUUCGUCCACCUCAGCGCCACGGCUGCGGCGUAUUUGGGGAAGAUGCGAACCUCAGUCACGAGGGAGUACGAGAACAAGUUCAAGCAGAAUGAGAUGCUGGUGGCAGCGCAAGCCGUCGGGGUGGCCACGGUUUUUGGGGCGCCCAUCAGCGGGGUGCUUUUCAGCAUCGAGGUGAUGUCCUCCCACUUCGCCGUGCGGGAUUACUGGCGGGGCUUUUUCGCCGCCACCUGCGGCGCCUUCAUGUUUCGCCUCCUCGCCGUCUUCAACAGCGAGCAAGAAAGCAUUGCUGCUGUUUUUAAGAGUGACCUCAAGAUUGAUUUCCCCUUCGACCUCCUGGAGACCUUCUUCUUUGUGAUUUUGGGGGCUGUCUGUGGGCUCGUGGGCUGUGCCUACCUCUUCUGCCAGCGCUGGCUGCUGGCAGCCGUCAAGGAGAACCGGCUCACAGCCAAGCUUCUGGCCACCGACAAGCCCGUCUACACGGUGCUGGUGGUGCUGCUCCUCGCUUCCAUCACCUUCCCGCCUGGGCUGGGGCAGCUGAUGGCCUCCCGGCUCACCAAUAAGGAGUAUCUCACCUCCCUCUUCGACAACCGCACGUGGGGCGCGCUGGUCCCCAACGCCUCCUCGGUGACCGACCCCCCCGGCGUGGACCCUGGGGGGCUGUGGCAGGAGUGGUGCCACCCCUCCACCACCAUCUUCGGCACUUUGGCCUUCUUCCUGGUGAUGAAGUUCUGGAUGCUGAUCCUGGCCACCACCCUGCCCCUGCCCGCUGGCUACUUCAUGCCCAUCUUCAUCUACGGAGCUGCCAUCGGGCGCUUGCUGGGGGAGAUGGUGGCCCUGCUCUUCCCCCGGGGCCUCCGUUCGGAGGGGGACCUGCGCCCCAUCAUCCCCAGCGGCUACGCCCUGGCUGGCGCGGCCGCCUUUUCGGGCUCGGUGACCCAUGCCAUCUCCACGGCUUUACUGGUGUGCGAGGCCACCGGUCACCUGGGCCACGUCCUCCCCAUCGUCGUGGCCGUGCUGGUGGCCAACGCCAUCACCCAGAAGCAUCAACCAUCCUUCUACGACGGCACCAUCAUCGUCAAGAAGCUGCCCUACCUACCCCCCAUCCGCAGCCGGCACAUGGCGUCCUACCAAGUGAUGGUGGAGGAGUUCAUGGAGCGCCAGGUGGUGGCCUUGGCCAAGGGUGAUGGCUUUGAGGAGGUGUUGGUGGCCUUGGAUGCCUCAGCUGAUGCCGAAUACCCCGUGGUGGAGAGUGCAGGAUCACCCACGCUGGUGGGCACCAUCAGCAGAGCCCAGCUGGUCACCUUCCUCCAGAGCCACGACCAUCCCCAGGCACCCCUGGAGGAGAAGCUGGCCACUGCGGGGACACUUGGGGACAACUGCACCAUUGAGCCCAUCGUGCUCCAGCUCUCACCGUGGACCUCCCUGCACCAGGCCCAUCACCUCUUCGAGCUGCUGAAGCUGCAGCGCAUCUUCGUCACCCGCUUCGGGGAGCUGGUGGGAGCCGUCAGCCGGGUGGAGCUGCGGAGAGCGAUCGAGGAGCUCGCCAACCCCAAGUGAUGACUUGUGGGGACCACGAGGGACCCUUCCCCAGGGAUGUCACCCAUGGAAAGCUGGGGGGGGGGGGGAUGCCCUGACCCCCCCCAAGGUGAUGUGGGUCACACACCACCCCCCCCCGGAGGGAACACAGGCGUCCAGGCUGGGGGGGACAGUUCUCCAGCGAAGUGUGCUGUUGAAUUAAAUACAUCGAUCCCUCA